AUGACGGUCUUGCAGUCCAUCCGCUCGCGGCUUCCGUCGCGGAACUGGUCCAUCUUCUGGGGUGUGACCGGCGGCCUGACCGGCUUGGGCUUUUACGACAAAUAUCACCUGAAGCAAGUCCGUGAAGACCUCUCCUCAAGGGCGUCCGUGCUCGCGACCCAGCACAUGCCAACUUGGGAAGUGCCAAGGAAAGUAAAGGUGUUUGUGGCUCCUACCCAUUGGGCCAGGUAUUGGUUCAAGGAAUAUGUCAAGCCAGUCUUUGAUGCAGCAGCUCUCGACUACGAAGUGAUCGAACCAAAGGAUGCGGGUCAAGUGCGGCAGCAGGUCCGGGAUCUGAUUUGGAAGGGCAAAGAUGAAUUUAGGGCACGACCGGCGAAUUAUGUUUACGAAGCCAACCCGUACAACUCGUUAGCAUUAAAUGUGUUAUCAAAACCGACAUACGAUGCGGCGGAGGGGUUGGUUGCGGUGGGGCCGAACUCAUGGAGGGAAGUGCUGAGAGGAUUGAAUGAGGGAGCUAUGUCCGAGCGAGGAGUGGUGGACGUAUUACUCAACGAGAAGGCAGCAGCGGAAGCUACUGCUGAAGCAGCGAAGGAAGUGGCGUCACCACCACCGACAGCGGGUGCUUCUGAUGCAGCGGCGGAGACAUCCUCCACAUCACCAACGGCAGAAACAGCUACCCCGCCAACUCCACCAGCAACCCCAGCUGUCGCAAAAACCGACCCAGUCGUCCCUCCAUCCCAUCUCCUGGCGCAAAACCUUCCGCCAUUUGCUCUCCCGUCGCUAGGCUACAUAACAGGCCGCAACCAGUCCGGAUACUCUGGGUUCCCAAAACGAAUUUGGGGCUAUUUCAAUGAGCGCUACACGGCGCGCGAGAUUGGUGAAGAAGCUUUGAAGAUUGCGUUUGAUCGUGUGCGCGAGUUCACGCCUGAGGAUGCCAACUUGGGUGCCAAAGAUGUGUAUGUGCACAAGGACUGGGAUGACGAGUUGAAGAAGGUGGUGGGAGAAGUACAGAUUGAGGAACCGCUCUUGAGCAAGCUGUACAUUUAUGCUUAG